AUGUUUCGGCCUGUGGCCCGGGCUGCUCAGGAAACGGAGGCAUUCGCAGCCUGCAGUUCCCUCGCGCAGAUCACGCUGCGGUCGAAUCGCGUCGGCGACGUCGGCGAGCUGGACCUGAGCUUCAACAAAAUCGCCAAUGACAGCCAGGAUGUCAGUUUCCUGCAGCAUGCCUUGAAGAUCGGAGACCUCGGUGCCGAAGUCACGACCUCGGCCGCGACCUCGCCGAAGAUUGCGACCCACUCGCUCUUCGUCAAGUUUCACAAGGUGGCGGGCUCAACCUGGAGAGAGUUCGUGGACGAGAUGACAGGGGAGAAGGACGGCUGUUCUGGGAACUGUGGAAACACGAAGUGGGUCUGUGACCAGCAGUUGUCGGCGCAGGAGCCCGCAUUGCGAGAGUUCUGCUACAACUCAAAAGUCUCGCAGCUCGAUUCCUGCGACCGACCUAUGCACACUUGCACCUUCCACCAAAGCUUGGAGGUCAUCCGAGAGGCGGUAUCGGGCAAGACCCUAACCCCGGCCAACUCGUCGGAUCUUGCCGCUGUAUCGAAUCUCUGGCCAGACAAGAAGCGCCUCAACCUGCUUUGGGGUGUGGAGUGGGCAAGGGUUUGGCUGCCCUGGAACUUCCAAAACAAGCGCAUUCUGGUGACGACGCUUCUCCGAGAGCCGAAGGAGCGCAUCCGAUCUUUCUAUUAUUUCCGGAACGAUGUGCCCACACAUGAAGGUUUCAAGGCAUUCCUCGAGUUCCGUCGUGACUUCGUGCUUGGGAAUAUGACGCACGAGCGCUACGAAGCAGAACGUGCAAAGGGCCAUGAGGACCGAGCCUUCACGACGAUGAGCAUCCUACUUCGGUCCUGCUGCGAGUACGAGACGUGGCUAGGAGAUGGAUCGGUGGACAAAGCCAAGCUCGUACUUUCCACGCAGUUCGACCUGGUUGGCAUCACCGAACGCAUGAACGACGGUCUGGUUAGCCUGGGCCGUUUGUAUGGUCUCUCUGCACAAGAGACGGCGAAGAUCGGACUGAAAGCUGAUGAUCAAGAUAAGCACGACAACUCGGAGAACAAGCUGGACUGGACCGACGAGGAACUCGAUCUCGCCACCGUUGUGGCGGAGAAGGGAAAGCAGAUCUACGAAUUCGGUCGAGAGCUCUUCGACAGGCAGUCUGUGAGUCUCUUUGGGACCUAUGAGAAUUUGCGCGCGGCGGUUGACACCUUUGAGAAGAUGGAUCCGGAGAGCGUAGAGUGA